AUGUCAAAACCACCAAACUACUCCUUCCCGCGUCCCUUACUGCUUGCGAGCCAGCUGCAGAUCUACCAGCAGGCGCGCAGCAACGAUGUGGACUCGGACGACAGCGACAGUGACAUGAGCCUGCCCGAGAUCAACGAGAAGCAGAGCUGCAUUGAGACGGAGAAGAGGAGAUUCCCGUAUUGGAUUUGUCCGGUUGUGUGUGCGUUUGUUUGGUUUGUGAUGAAUUGGGUGUUGAUGAUAACGUGGCUGGCGCAGGGGUCGCCAGUGUAUAAGAGUAUGGGCGGCGGGCAGACGGUUGCGUAUAUCUCCGAUAUAGGAGCAAGCAUGCUUAAACCACUCUUCGUAAUCGGCUGCACAGUAACCAGUAUAACAUUCUUCUCAUCUCUCUACGCCAUCCACCGAAACCAACGCCGCCUCGAAACAUCCGUCGAUAUCGCCGCCAUCGGCGCCGGCGGCCUCGGUGCGGUCUCGCUCAUCCUCCUCAGUAUCUUCGACACGGCCUCGUUCCCGCGCUUCCAUAACGGCUUUCUGUGUCUCUUUAUGCUUGGCGUGAUAUUCUCCGCCGUCUUCACAACACUGUCCUACCGAGUUCUCGGCACAGCAUUUAUUGAGCGCGCAGUUCUCAAGACUAGUUACCAGAUUAAACAGUGGAUCGUUAUUAUCGAAGUCCCUCUGACGAUAGCGAUGGCGGUACUCAUGAUAAUAGAUAAAGACAACAUUGCGGCGGUGCUGGAGUGGCUGAUUUCCUUCGUAUUCACGGCGUAUGUGCUCUCGUUCUAUCUAGAACUGCGGCCACGGUCAAGAACGAUGGAGGGCAAGGAGCUGCUACGCGAGAGAUCGCUGUGGGAGAGGAGGAAUCGGAGGCCUAUUAGUGUGAUUACUUCGAUGAAGGUAUAG